CUGGUGUUCUUUGCGACAUGUUGGGCGGGAAAAAUUCUGGUUUACCCCUUUGAAGGAAGCCAUUGGCUCAACAUGAAAAUCCUGCUGGAGGCCCUUCACGCUCAAGGCCACCAAAUCACAGUGCUACGAACAUCCACCAGCUGGUACGUAUCGGAGAACUCGCCCUUCUAUAGCUCCAUCACUAUCGUGCAGGAGGAGUCCAUGAGUAUCGAGAGCCAGAACUACAUGACCGCCUUCUUGGAGAGGUCCAUCCAGAUCCAGAGGCACAAAGGCUCGCUGUGGGCCUUCGUUGAGUUCUACAGGAACCUUUUCAGUUUUCUUAGGGACAGCCAGGUGGUCGUGGCCAACAUGGUGGUCAGCAUAUUCGAAAAUCAAACUCUAAUCAAGGAACUGAAAGAAAGCAGAUAUGAUGUUUUCUUGAUCGAUCCGGCCGUUCCAGGUGGAGUACUGCUGGCUCAUUAUCUGGGCCUCCCGACGGUCUUCAACGUGCGCUUGCAUUUUAGAGGGGAGGCACAUUUUUUAAUCGCGCCGUCACCUUUGUCCUACGUCCCUCAACUCUUCUCCCAAUACUCGGACAAGAUGGACUUCUCCCAAAGGCUGAAGAACAUCAUCUACCACGUCGCGCUGCUUUACAUGUAUCACUUUGUGUCCAAUCCGCCUUACCAGGCUGUGUGCGAUCGCUACUUCGGCAGCGACGUCAGCGCCACGUCUCUCAUGCAGGGAGCCGAUCUCUGGCUGGUAAGGGUGGACUUUACCUUCGAGCUCCCUCGUCCCACCAUGCCCAACGUGGUCUACAUCGGAGGGUUUCAGGGGAAGCCCUCAAAGCCUCUCCCGGCGGAUUUGGAGGACUUUGUGCAGAGUUCCGGAGAACACGGAGUGGUGGUCAUGACUUUAGGAACGCUGUUAGGCGACCUCGGACCGGAGAUCUCCCAGAUCAUUGCUUCUGCUUUUGCUAGGAUCCCUCAAAAAGUCGUGUGGAGACAUAUUGGGAAGCGACCAGCCACUCUGGGGAACAACACUCUAUUAGUGGACUGGUUGCCCCAGAACGACCUCUUAGGUCAUCCAAAGACCAAAGUCUUUGUAACACAUGGAGGCACCAAUGGUAUCUACGAGGCCAUCUAUCACGGGGUCCCCAUUUUGGGCAUCCCGCUCAUCUUUGAUCAGCAUGACAACAUGGUGCGAGUAAAGGCACGUGGCAGUGGCGACUUUGUUGACGUGACAGCGCUAGACGUGGAAUCUUUCACCGCUUCGCUCAGGAAUAUUCUGGAUCCCCAGAAACCGUACAAGCAGAACAUGAUGAAACUUUCCCAACUUCACCACGACCAGCCUAUGAAACCCCUCGACACUGCCAUCUUCUGGGUAGAGUACGUCAUGAGGCAUGGAGGUGCAGCACAUCUGCGCACAGAGUCAUAUAAGUUGCCGUGGUACGCCUAUCACUCUCUGGAUGUAAUUGCUUUCCUUGCGCUUGUCUGUUUUCUGGUCAUCGCUUUCAUUUGGCUUUCCUGUAGAUGUCUCUGUAGGUUCCUAAUGAAGGCUAAACAUUACAAAUUCAAAUCUAAGUGUGAGUAG